AUGGCCGCGGAUGACCCGCGAUUUUCUUUGCCUGGGGUGGAUGGAGCGAAGCGCAGCUUAGGACCUCCCUCCACGGCUCCGACCUAUUUGUCGGAGUCGGCUUCGAGUUCACCGGCUCGACGCCGAUUGCUGGGAAGCGGCCGCUUCAAUGCCGAGGUGUACUGGCAGAACAUGGGCCCCAUGAGGAAGGUCCACGGUGACCUGGGUCUCCACACGCUUCCGGCAAUGAGGGGCGAAUUCUAUCGCUACCGCGCCGCCUCGUCGCCCCAGGAAGCGAAAGAGGAGACGACCAGGCAGGAGCCCGUCGCCGAGAAGCCGACGCUGCUACCGAGGGAGGAGAUGACGGCGAGCUUGCUAGAUGAGAUCUAUCCUCGGCGACCACCGUCCAGGGAGAAGGAAGAAGAUGCGAGAGGCAAGUCUCAGAAUCAGAAGCUGCGGAAGCAGACCGCAUCCAACUUGCCAGAGCAGAAUGGCCACAUCUCUGGAGAACGUGCCACACUUGCAAACGGUCUCGCGGCCAACAAAUCCUUGUCACAGGCUUCCCGACGGCUGAUCCAUUUUCGACAAAGGAUCCUUGAGAAGUUCUCGACCAUGAAGUCUGCCUUCGAAACGUUUGCACAGGAGCAUGGCCCUCACGGCCCCACAAAAGAGCUUACAAAGAAGGAGUUCUCGCGGUUCCUCUUCCGUCACUUCAACGGCCUCCCGAAGGAGGAACACGUGAAAAUCUUCGAGUUCCUGGACCAUGACAAGAAUGGCGUUGUGUCGCUGGAGGAGUUUCACACGGCCGUGGAGGCCGCUGCGCCGGUGAAAUCCCUCGAGGAUUUGCGUCGGAAGUGGAUCGCUCUCGGCUACACCUCCAUGAGACAGGCUUUGUUGGGCAUGGACCUGCACAAGGAGCCUGGCAGAUCCUUUACCCUGGCAGAGUUCGGGGUGCACCUUGCCCGAGUAGGAAUUGAAGAGGAGACAGAGCAUCAGAACAUCUUCGGGGCAAUCCGAGACCCUCACAGCUCACACCAGACUGUAACGCUUGAAAUGCUGGCGGCAGCAAUGAGUGCCAUUUCGCCUUCCUUGCUACUGGAGGACCUACGCGACAAGAUCCUCAAGAAGUUUGGGACGCUCUCCAACUGUUUCGCAGCGCUUGACAUGGAUCAGGGCGAGUCCUUGGACAUCGGGGAAUUCAUCCGCUAUGCCGUUCCUGCAUGGAAGUUGACGGCUCACGAGGCAGGCAAGGCUUUCCGGCUGAUCGACGUCGACGGCAGCCUUCAAAUAAGUAAAGACGAGUUCGUCACCGCACUAACGCUUUCAGAGCCAAACCUCUAUCUGGAUGAGAUUCGUCGCAAAGUUCGUCAGCGUUUCCGGAGUAUGCGAGGGCUGCUUAACGAGGGCAACGAGGACGACAUCGAAGUUGAUGAGGUGGAUUUGAAGCCGCCUCCACCACCGGCAGUGGAGAUCGCGCCCUCCAGGAAAGGGUCUCUCUAUCAGAGGCAUUCCAUCGUGGUCCAGGACUCCCCCCGCAGCGACGGCAAUGGCGGGAUGACCGCAGAAGAAUCCCGGCGGGCUUCCUGGAUCGCGAAGCAUUCGGGCCUCGGAGCCGAGAAGGCGCAAGACCUUCUCAAGGACCUGGUCGGACCUGCCUCUGAGAGCGAAGAUGAUGGCCGCACGCCCGAGGAGUAUCAAGAAAUGCUCGGACAGGUGCAGCUAUCCGAGCAAGACACGAAAGCACUCUUUAAUCUCAUGGACGUGAACCGGGACGGCAAGCUGACAACGACGGAGUUCGAGCACGGAGUGCGGCUCUUCGCCCCCUCCACGGCGCUGGAGGACCUUCGCCUGGCCUGCAUCUCGAAAUACGGAGGCAUCCCCGAAGCCUUCGCAUCCCUCCGCCCGGAACAGCGGGAGGCCAGUUUGGAGUAUCACCAGCUCAAGAAGAUACUGGAGGAUAUUCGAAUAUGGGAUGAGGGCACCGGUGAUCUGCGAUUGAUCAUGGACAUCGUGGAGUGCACCAGAGACGGUGGGACGAGCAUCGGUGAACUUAUGGCAGCCCUCCAAGCUGGGCAGUCCGGAACACAGGUUCGGCUCCCGGCGGAGCAGCGCGAUGCUAAAGUGCGGCAGCAGGUGAAGUGGCAGAUGGCACCUUUCCGUCGAUGUGCUUCUGAUCUGCGAGCCCAUGUUCGGGAGAAGCUGAAUGCCCACGAGUUGGAGCAGAUAUGGAAUCCCAGGUCUCAGGAAUCGCAUGCUGCGGACAAGAGCAGAAGUGCAGCCUUGCGUGCCGAAACUCAGACGGCCAUCCACAAGUGGAAGAGGGAUAAGAGUCUGCCCGCCUUGCGGCGCAUCGAUCAUGAGGGUCAAGACCCUUCCUGGGCCGGGUUGUCCAUGGCUGCCGAGGAGGAGCUUUCGAGCAACACCAUUCCGUGGGGCCCCAUGCGCACGAGCUUCUCCAAGGUUUCGGGGUUUCUGAAGACUUUGGACACCAAGGAGCUCAGGCCCAUCAUCAAUUCCAUGCACCACUACUACGCCACUGCAGGAGAGACGGUGACCAGCCGUGAGGCUUUUCUGAACAAGCAGCAAAGCAGGUACGAGCAGUUCAAGAACUGUACGCACCACUACAAACUCCUGACGCGACAGCCUGGAGGAACCUGA